CAACAAACAGGCAGGAUUUUUGUUCCUUGCGGUGGAAUCAAAGACCCGGCCGCGUGCUGUGCUAUGAAAAAUCGCGAUUUCCGAAAGCAGCAUGUUUUGACUUUGAAACGUGAACGUGUUUUCUUUAACAAUUCAAAAUGGUGAAACAAAAAGCUUUGAAGAAGGCGACUAAGUCGAACAAGGUGAGCAAGGUGAAGCUCGCUAAUCAGAAGGCAAACAAGAAGGUACGCCCUGGAAAAAUAUUAUCUCGCCAAGCGAAAAAAGAAGCAAGGAAAAGCCUUUUAGCCAGUGGCGCAAAAGCGAAAAAAGUGCCCUCAAAGAAAGGGCAACAAACACCAACGGUUGAAGAACAUAAUGAAGAGGAUGAGUUCGAACAAGGGGCAGAUUUGUUGAGCAUGGUAGAAGAUGAUGAUCUUGAAUUCAUCAAGAAGUCAGUUACCGACCGUAGUUAUCAAUUGUUCAAACAAAUACGGUCUUCAGCUGACCAAGGCUCAGGGAAAGGACCUCGUAAAAAGAAGAGAAGGAACGAAGAGGAGGAGGAGGAAGAUGAAUUAGAAAAUGAAUUUGCUGAAACCAUUGUAUCUGCUCCAAAGCAGAAGCAAUUAUUGCCCAUAAAGACAUCACAUGGUUUGGUUAUCAGACAAGUUGAUUGUGAUGAUGCAGAUGAAGUGCCAGAAAAGGCUGGACGCCCUGCUAAGCAAGCAAAGAAAGUAGAGACACCUGAAAUUGAGAAGGAAAGUGAUGAUGAAUUAGACUUCACCUUAAAUGAAGUUGAUGAAAUUGAUCCGCUUCAGCCUAUCACAACUGCUCAGUUACUAGCACGUCGUGAAGCUAUUUUAAAUAAGCGAAAGUUUCAUAUUGGUGUGUUAUGCAGUGGUAUUAUUGAAAAUCCCGAACAAAAGCUCAUUAAUUUUACACCUCUUCUGGAGAUGAUGGAAGAGACUCACCCCGAAGUGAAGAUUUCAGUAAGGAAACUUGUAGCUGUGUCUUUGCUGGAAGUAUUUAAGGAUGUUUUGCCUUCUUACUACAUCAGACAUAUUGAAAUAGAAAAAGUUCAGCUUAAAAAGGUUACUAUAGCUCUCCGGAAGUUUGAGCAAGAUCUGCUGGCUGCUUACAAGAAAUACCUCACUAAAUUGGAAGCCCUAUCGUCAUGUCUCAUACGUAAGAAGGGGGAUACUAGGAAAAGCUCAGAGCAAGAAAUACAACUUGGGGUGGUUUCUGUCAAAUGUAUGGCAGAACUGUUAGUAGCACAUCCCUAUUUUAACUUUUCCAAUAAUUUAGCUUAUUUUCUUGUAACAUUUCUGGACAACUCUAACUCUGCUGUGCGGGACAUUGCAAGAGAUGCUAUUAAGAGGGUUUUCAAGGAAGACAAGCGUGGUGACAUUUCACUUGAGAUUGUCAAACGCAUAAAUGGAUUGGUUAAACGACGCGAGCACAAUGCUCAUCCACAUGUGCUUGAAGUUCUUCUUUCCCUGCGCAUCAAAGACAUUAACUUAGAUAAGGAAAAAGAGGAUGACUUGCAGCAGAAGAAGCUUAAAGGACGCAAAAUGAAAAUUCUCACUAUGUCCAGGACUGAAAGAAAGAGAGAGAAAAUGCUGAAAGAAGUCAACAGGGAACUGAUGGAAACUGAGGCAGAAGAAAACAAACAGAAAAAGCAGCAGGCUUUUACUGAAGUGGUGAAAGUAGUUUUUAUGAUAUACUUCAGAAUUUUGAAGCAGGAAUAUAAUUCCAAACUUCUAUCUGUUUGUCUGGAAGGACUAGCAAAGUUCUCACAUUGUAUCAAUUUGGAGUACUACCAUGACUUGGUCAAUUGUAUGAAUGAGUUAAUGGAGUCAGGUGAUUUGGGAUACCGGGAACAGUUACACAUUGUGCAAACUGUAUUUACUAUUUUAUCCGGACAAGGUGAAAUGUUAACUAUUGACCCAAUUCGGUUCUACACUCACCUUUAUCGUAACAUGCUGCAAAUCCAUGCUGGAAAAACUCACUCUGACAUAUCCAUUUUGGCAAGGACUGUGGAAGUAAUGUUGAUUAAACGGAGAAAAAAGGUCUCUCAUCAAAGAGUUUUGGCCUUUACAAAGCGCUUGGCAACUCUGUCUCUACAUCUGUUGCAUAAUGGAUCCCUGUCAUGCCUUGGUCACAUAAAAAAUGUCAUUCAGCUCAACAAGUUUGCUGAUGUUCUUCUCGAUCUUGACCUAUCUGGUGGCCAAGGCUUGUAUGACCCAAUGCUGGAAGAACCAGAAUACUGUAAUGCUAGCAGUUCUUCUCUGUGGGAAGUAGCCCUACUCCAGCGCCACUACCACCCACAUGUCAGGAAGUACUCACAUUUUAUUGCUUCUGGUGCACCACCCACUGGUGCAGGGAGUUUACCUCUGGAUCUAGCAAAAUUAACUGCAGAUGAUCUUUUGUUUCAAUAUGACGGCAGCAGUGUGGCUUUCAACCCUGCCAUCCCACCACCGAAAAAAGUGAUUGCAAAGCAGAAGGCAUCCAAGCAUUAUAUUUCCAUUGCAUCACUUGAUGAGGAAGUGAAAAGAGUUAUGGAAUCGCCAGAUAAGGUUGUUAACUUUUACAGUGCUAUGACUAAACACAGGUAAAGUGUUGUCAUUGGGAUGUUAUAUAUUUCAGAGAAAGAAAAAAAAAACUAUUUAUAAGACAAAAUUGCAAAUUAAAUUUUCAAUAGUAA